ACCGGUUCGGUUAACAAUUAAAGAAAAAAUAACCCAAAAAUCUCAAACCCUAAAUUGACAUUGAUAAAAAUUUAUCGACCAGCCCACACCACCACAACCAUAUCCGAGGAGGAGUAACUCGCUCUCUGCCUCGUCAUGCUCGCUCGCAGCGGCGGCGAUUGUACCCAGAAGACGGAAGCACAUCCGCAGAUAACGUAGAUGCUCGUGGGCAAGCCGAGUUACAAGUGCAAUGUCUGCGGCAAGACAUUCCCGUCGUAUCAAGCUCUAGGCGGACAAAAGGCAAGCCACCAGAAACAAGCCGAAGAUGACCAGUCCACCUCCACGACCACCACCACCUCCGGUGACGUUAGCGGAAGAUUCCACGUUUGCCCGAUCUGCAACAAGUCAUUGCCGACGGGUCAGGCACUCGGCGGCCACAAGCACUGCCACUACGACGGCUGUAACAGCGUUGCUUUGGGGAAUCAGAACGUCGUGACUUCGUCGGAGGGCGUAGGGUCGAGUAGCCACGUCAGCCAACAGAGCCAAGGUGAGUUCGACAUGAACCUCUCGGUGAUGUCGGAGUUCACCGCCGGUGAGUUCUUCAUCUACGGUGACGGCGAGGACGUCAUCAGCCCGAUGCCGGCGAAGAAGCCCCGCCUCUUGGUCUCGCUCCGAAGCCACAGAGAAAUCCAAAGGGUUACGUGACUAAUGGAUUCAGGAACACAUUGUUUUUAGGAUUUAGAUUUCAAUUCUUUUUUUUGUCAUUGUGGAAAAAAUUCUUUGUUGUACAUAAAAACA